AUGAUUGGUAUGGGCCAGAAGGACUCCUAUGUUGGUGAUGAGGCACAGUCAAAACGUGGUAUUCUAACCCUGCGAUACCCCAUCGAGCACGGUGUCGUCACAAACUGGGAUGACAUGGAGAAGAUAUGGCAUCACACCUUCUACAACGAACUCCGUGUCGCCCCAGAGGAGCACCCAGUUCUGUUGACCGAGGCCCCCAUCAACCCCAAGUCCAACCGUGAGAAGAUGACCCAGAUCAUCUUCGAGACCUUCAACGCCCCAGCCUUCUACGUCUCCAUCCAGGCUGUGCUCUCCCUCUAUGCCUCUGGUCGUACCACUGGUAUCGUCCUCGACUCCGGUGACGGUGUCACCCACGUUGUCCCCAUCUACGAAGGUUUCGCCCUGCCACACGCCAUCUCCCGAAUUGACAUGGCUGGCCGUGACUUGACCGACUACCUGAUGAAGAUCUUGGCCGAGCGUGGCUACAGCUUCUCUACCACCGCCGAACGUGAAAUCGUCCGUGACAUCAAGGAGAAGCUCUGCUACGUCGCCCUCGACUUCCAGGAGGAGAUCCAGACUGCCGCCCAGAGCUCCAGCCUCGAGAAGUCCUACGAGCUUCCCGACGGCCAGGUCAUCACCAUUGGAAACGAGCGAUUCCGUGCUCCUGAGGCUCUCUUCCAGCCCAGCGUCCUCGGUCUCGAGCCAUGCGGUAUCCACGUCACCACCUACAACGCCAUCAUGAAGUGUGACGUCGACGUCCGAAAGGACCUCUACGGAAACAUUGUCAUGUCUGGUGGUACCACCAUGUACCCAGGUAUCUCUGACCGUAUGCAGAAGGAGAUCACUGCUCUUGCCCCAUCGUCGAUGAAGGUCAAGAUCAUUGCUCCUCCAGAGCGUAAAUACUCCGUCUGGAUCGGUGGUUCUAUUCUCGCCUCCCUUUCCACCUUCCAGCAGAUGUGGAUCUCCAAGCAGGAAUACGACGAGUCCGGCCCAUCCAUUGUCCACAGAAAGUGCUUCUAA